UUCAUCGACUAAUUAUUAUACGGGUAUAAGUAGAUUAAGGAGUGUAGAAAAUUAGGAAACAGGAAAUCUCAAUUCACUUGAUUCUAGUAUAUCCAUUAUGUGUUUGGGCAUAUAUAUGCGAGACGUUCAAAACAUGGUUUAUGAUGGAUGAGAAGUAAUCAAGUAGCAAGUCUCAAUUCUUGAAAUCAAUGCAUGCGCUUGAUAGAAACCAUUCUCUAGAUCACAUAUCAGAAUACCUAAUAAUUUCAAGUUUCGGUUAGCUUUUCUGGUAUCAAAUUGUAUCUAAAACGUUGCAAGUUACAUUGGUUCAAGUAGAUUCCCUGCCAUGUUCCAUCAAGUGAAUGCAUACGUGCAGAGGCUCGGUUUCUCAGAGAGCAUGUGAUUAGAUAGAUAUAUUUCAUAUCAGAGACUAGUUUUUAUUUUGGAUAUGAGCAAUGAAGUUGUUGAAAAAGAAAAGAUUGAUAUAUAUAGUAUUUAUAAGCCUAAUCGCAAGUUUUUGUGAUGCGUACAUAACCUGUAGCGAAGAGAUUGGUAAACUGUGCAAGAAGAAAGAUGUACAUAACGAUGAAAUACCAUACAGUAAAGUUGGAGAAAUGACAGCACCAACUCCAGAAUGCAUGACUGUAACCUUACUUGAUCAAAAUGGUUCAGAACAUUUGACAAAAAUAACUUGGAUGCAAAAGUGGAAUGACUUGCAGUAUGUUGAUGGAUACUAUAUGUCGAUACUUAACAGUGCUUUUAUGGAUUUUACAACCGCUCAAUACCUUUUUCAAAUCAAUAAAACCGAACUAGAAAAAUAUAAAGAUGAGAGUGGAUACGUUACAUUCAGUUUCAAUGACCACAAAGAACUGUCAGGAAAAAUUGCCAUCAUUAUCUCAUCAAUGCCAAUGUAUCAAACUGAUGAUAAUGACCAUUUUCUUAAAGUCAAUAUUGAUGCCAUUUAUUCAGAUCCAUAUAUCACAAAGACAGAAACUAUUUGUUUAAACAACCAAACAGAUAAUGAAGGAUCCGAAUAUGGAAGUGAAAUGCUCGGUAUAGAUUCUCAAGAAUAUGAUAUUGGUAGCAGCGAAAAUUUCCCAACUGAUCCUGAUGACGUAGAAGUGUCAAGAGAUUCACCACUUUGUGACACUACUGGAAUGGUACCUGUAAGUGUUACAAUAAUAGCAUGUGUUAUAUCUGCACUGAUGACUGUGUUUACCAUAAUCGCAGCUAUAGCAUUGUACUACGUCAUCUGCAGAGCCAUAGAGAAAGAACACAAAAGAAGAAAGAAAGAAAUGUCAAAUAGAGGGCGUAUAAAGAAGCAAGAAUCAAAAAUAAAGUCCAAAGUGAUGAUUAUCGCCAACAUGAUGGAUGCUGAGGAACAAGUAAAGGAUGAAAUAUACAAAAAAGCUGCAUUGUGUCUUGCAAAUAUAUUAUACGAAAGUGGAGAAUUUGAAGUUGGUUGCAAUCUAUGGGUAAUGAAAGACAUUGCACAAAUGGGAAUAGCAAUGUGGACACACAAUAUAAUCACAUCUCAAGACAAAAUAGUCUUGGUGUGCAAUCCCUACACAGUUGCUGCAUUGAAGAAAUAUUGCCCUAAUGAAGGUGUCAGCCAGAAUAAAAGUCUCGUUCACAACCCCAAUUCCUCCGCUCAGAUCAUUUAUAGGAUACUAAUGAGCACCCACACUCUUGAGAAAAAACUAGUCAUUGUUUGUCUAAAUGAUGAGGAGCAUGACUGCUUAGCAAACCUGACACUACCUACUUUGAAUCACUGCGAAAGAUAUGACCUCAUUCAUCAAUUUGCAGAUUUAAUACAAGCAUUAUAUAAGAAUCCCAAUGAUGCAAAGCGUAUGAAAGCAGAAAUAAUGGCAACUAUGCAGAAAAGUUUAACCCACAUAUUCCUUGCAAAUAAAAAUCAAGAUGAAAUUGAUAAAAAGGUUGGAAAUGACUUUGAUAGACUGAAAUCUUCAAUACAAGAGCAAAUGUGGCUGAUGAAUGAGAACAAACCGGCACAGAAACUACCAGAUAAAAAAUUCCCUCAUAAAAACAAUAAUCCUGCGGCAACAACAGAAAAAAUCAUUCCUGAUACCGGUAUGCAAUUUGAUUCAAUGUUUUCUUCACGAUGCAACAGUCACAGCACAGAAACUAUUUCAAGCUGUGGGGAUACGGGAUUCCAAGAGAACAAUCACAUGCAUUACCAAUCACAUUACCAUCCCGCUGGAGCCAGACCCAGGACUUAUUCAAAUAAACUCUAGUCAUAAAGGUGAAACUGAUGCAAAUAGAAGCAAUGCUUGCAAACAGAAUAUCAUAAUAAUAUUAACAAUUAUGUUGAUGUGUAGCAGUAUUGCAUUCAUAGCACCACCCACAUAGGAAACACCCACACAACUUCUCUAUAGAGAAUUUUAUUGACUAUUGUGUCCUAAAAAUAACCACUUGUCCUGCACACCAUUUUUUUUAAUUUUGUAUAUUUUUUUCUCUUCAAAGAUAUCCAGACUAUCAUGUAUUUUGUAUAACAUCAGAUAUUUUUUAUGAGUUAAUGCAUUUAAUAAAAUCAACUAAAACCGAGGAAUAUAAAUAUUUCAAACGACAGUGAGUUUUCAAGGUAGAUCACCGUUGUGCGUGGGCUACAAUAGCCCUUCAGUAUAAUUUUAUGAGGCCCACAGGAAGAAAACAGUAUCAACUUAACAGUAAUAGGGAGAAUUACAUUCUAUGUACCAUUGCUGACUUAAUUUGACAACAUAAUCAGACUCAUUCUUGACUGUUUUUGCAUAUAACAAUAGACACAACAUAAUAAUAUAAGUAAA